GACGAGUGUCCCUCUUUUCUUUCGCGCUGACGCCAUUUCGUUCAGAUAAGCUGGAUUACCUCCGGAUAAGGUGGAUUACCUGCGGAUAAGGUGGAUCACCCGUGGUGCGCCGUGGAAACACCCGGCGAGACAGAAACAAGAAGGCAUCGAAAGGAUGUGAAGUGUCGCAAACGAUGACGGCCAGCAGCGGAAGUGAAGCCGGCACCCGGUGCUCCUUCCUCGUGUUCCUCGGGAAGGACCGGCACCCGUCGCUCAUCCACGAGACGGCUCCCCUCCCGUCGCGUCGCGACCUGGAAGACGGCGAGCUGCUCUUAAAGAUGGAGACGGCGACGAUCUGCGGAUCCGACCUGCGAACUCUGACGGGACAACGCACUCAACCCACUCCCAGCAUCCUGGGCCACGAAGGCGUGGGUCGCGUGUUGUCGUCGAAGAGGGAAGGCGUGGAUCCCGGGACGAGAGUCACCUUUUCCACCAUCGACGCCUGCUUCGAAUGCCACGCGUGCCUCGCGGGUCUCCCUCAGAAAUGCCCACAUCUUCUCAAGUACGGCGAAAGGAAGAUUCAAGAAAAUGGGGGUCUAAGUGGCUGUUUCUCGACUCACGUCUUGGUGCGGAAGAGGACCCGGAUCGUGGCCGUUCCCGAUCUCAUCCCAGAUCCAGCGGCCGCUACCUUGAAUUGCGGCAUGGCCACGGCGGUCGGGUGCCUGCGGAAGGCCAUCGCCACUUUCCUCCCUCGUCUGAAUUCCGCCAGGGCCUGCGUCCAGGGACUCGGACUCGUCGGGGUCUAUAGCUGCAUGUAUUUGAGAGAGGCGGGGUUCUCGGAGGUCCUGGCCUGCGACAAGAACGACGCGAGACUCCAGAUGGCUUCCCAUUUCGGCGCUACCCGCCUAUUCCGACAAGAUUGGAGGAAAGAAGAGGAGGAGGACGACGAAGGAGUGGAUCUGGUGGUGGAGACGAGCGGAGACCCGAGGGCGGUGGAGGAAGGACUGGCCAUGCUGAAGCCCGGCGGGGUGUACCUGCUGAUCGGCACCGGACAUUCCGAUGCUCUCUUCUCGCUCAGUGGGGAGGACAUUCUCAGUAAAUGUCUCACCAUCACGGGGAUGCAGAAUUGCAGACCAGAGGAUUUGGACGAGGCUGUCAGGUUCCUGGAGAAGACAAUCGGCACCUAUCCGUAUGAAAAAUUAUUCAGUCCUCCAUUCCCUCUGCAUCAGUUUCAGGCACUUUGGAGAGGCCUGGAGCAAACCUCUAUGACUGUUAUGCUCCCCUACCGGAGACCUUGUCGUCGACUCCUUCGGCCCGGCUGCAAUGCAUCAGAGUUCAUCAUCUGUUGGGCUGUGACAGUUCACAAGGCCAUAUGUAUCUCCAUCUUUACUGAGAUUCCUCUAUCUCAGUACCCCAAGGAGAGGAGCCUUCAUUACCAGAACUUUUGCUGGAUGAUCAUGGGCUAG